AUGCUAACAACACAGGAUUUGCGAGAUCUAGAACUAUAUAUUCUCUCAGAUGCUAGUGGGCCUCCUGCGCCCAAGUGGAUCAGUAUACGCAAUAAGUCAUUUAUCAGUCAUGUUGUCACUUUGUUAAUUCCAGGAUUGGAGGGUCCCAAAUUCGGAAUCACAAGUACGAAGGAUAUCCAACCAAUAAAACUGACACCGGGAAGUGAUAAAUCCGGUACUUUUUUCGGGAAUUACUUCAGCCAUGUAUGGCCAACAAAAGCCCCUGGCACUGGCGAUAAACUUUUCUCUGUAGUUAACACAUUUAUGGAAGUGCCAUUUACAAAGGCAGAAAAGAAGAAGCAGAUGAACUCCGACAUGGAAGCGUCCUAUAACAGUCGUAAAAGCGGGUUGCGACCAGAAGAUUUAUUAUUAUCAUUAGACCGCAUGGUAGAGGAGGGAUAUCCAAUGCACCCAGACAUUCCUGGGGUAUCUGGAGUGAUGAAUGACAAGACAGUAGUAAGAGCAGCUCAACCUGAAGACGAAAUUCAAAGCAAGCAACCUGACGAAAGUCCAAUCAAGAGACCAGGUACAAAACCUGUCCCCUUUAUUGGCGAAGGUAAUGAUUGGGUCGAAACUAAACAACUUCACACGGGGUCACCUAAAGUCUAUGCUAUUGACUGUGAAAUGUGCGAGACAAGGCUAGGUAAAGAGCUCACUCGUGUAACCGUUCUUGAUAACAAAGGGAAAAUUAUCAUCGACCAGCUAGUAAAACCAUAUGAACCGAUUGUAGAUUAUCUUACUCGGUACUCAGGAAUUACCGAGGAACUGCUAGCUGAUGUUACCACAAGACUAUCGGAUGUGCAAGACAAAUUAUUGAGCCUUAUCUCUUCGACAGAUAUUAUUCUUGGACAUUCGCUUGAGAGUGAUUUAAUCGCCCUUAAAAUGAGUCAUCCCAAAAUAAUUGACACAGCAAUCAUUUUCCAGCAUCCUAAGGGUACGUUGUGGAAACCCGCAUUGCGAUGGCUCACCUCUAAAUACCUUGACCGAGAAAUUCAAACUCAAGGUGACCAGGGUCAUGAUUCAGUAGAAGACGCACAAGCUUGUAUUGAUUUGCUAAAUGUCAAGUUGAAGAAUGGGCGUGAUUUUGGUUUGAACAAAGUACGCUCUGUCAACCUUAUUAAAAAACUUGCUACUGGAGCUCCACCGAAGACCACUGCAAUUGCUGAUUAUGGGGUGCCUCAUUGGCACGAAGAGUAUGCCAAGACGGUUGUUUCUUGCUUCUCUGAUGAUGAGAUUAUUGCUAAUGUGGCCAAAUUUUCUCAUUCGCAUGACUUUGUUUGGGGUCGUCUCCGUGACCUAGAAAAAGCCAAGGGCUGGAUAUCUGAUCAAGAGCGGUCUACUGAUGAAGAAAUUCAAGCCAAGUAUGUUGAGCUUAACGAUCGUCUUUUAAAGCUUUAUCAACAGCUUCCGCACAAUACUGCAUUAAUCAUUAUGGGUGGAUCUGGCGACCCGAGAGAGAUGGUAAGGUUGCGUAAACUAAAGGAUCAAUAUCAGCACGAGUAUAAGACUAAAAAAUGGGACCAGAUUGAAUGUGAAUGGACUAGCUCUCAGGUUAUGGAACUAAGCAAGGCAACCGAAAGGGCACGGUCCGGAAUUUCUUUUCUUACAAUCAAGACUGCUGAUAAUGAACAUGGUCUCAUAGAGCGCCCUAUCCUUACUAUUGGCACAAAGGUUUCCUCGUCUUCGUUCCCAUCCGGUGUCAAUGACCAUGAGACUAAUGGAGGUAGACUCAAGAAAAGUAGAAGUGAGAUUCCAUGA